CUCCGCCAUCUUCAACUUCCUAUUGUUUGCAUCAGACUGAGGCUGUCUGCGGUGUGUGUGUGAGAGCAGAAGCGGCCGCCGAUUUAUCACAAAAUAGUAGAUAUACCCCUUUACGUUUGCGGUCGCUCAAGUUAAGCACAAGCCAUUUGUAUGUCAUUGGAUUAAAGAGCUCUCAGGACGCGACCACUAAAACCUUGACGAUGGACGACGAUCAACCCAGAACCUUGUAUGUUGGGAAUCUGUCCAGGGAUGUCACCGAGCCCCUCAUCCUGCAGGUCUUCACACAGAUAGGACCUUGCAAGAGCUGUAAAAUGAUAGUAGAUACGGCUGGAAAUGAUCCGUACUGCUUUGUGGAGUUCUAUGACCACAGGCAUGCUGCUGCCUCAUUGGCAGCAAUGAAUGGAAGGAAAAUAAUGGGUAAGGAGGUCAAAGUCAACUGGGCCACGACGCCAACCAGCCAGAAAAAAGACACAAGUAAUCACUUUCAUGUCUUCGUUGGAGACCUCAGCCCCGAAAUUACUACAGAUGACGUCAAAGCUGCCUUCGGUCCAUUUGGCAGGAUAUCAGAUGCUCGUGUUGUGAAAGAUAUGGCUACAGGGAAAUCUAAAGGCUACGGCUUUGUGUCUUUCUUCAACAAAUGGGAUGCAGAGAACGCCAUUCAGCAGAUGGGUGGUCAGUGGUUAGGAGGCAGACAGAUCCGAACUAAUUGGGCCACAAGAAAGCCCCCCGCCCCUAAGGCCACCUAUGAAACAGAUAACUCCAAGCACCUAUCCUUCGAAGAAGUAGUGAAUCAGUCCAGCCCCAGUAACUGCACUGUGUACUGUGGCGGAGUCAGCACAGGACUGACAGAACAACUGAUGAGACAAACUUUUUCCGCCUUCGGACCAAUCAUGGAAAUCAGAGUUUUCCCAGACAAAGGUUAUUCAUUUGUGAGGUUUAACUCCCAUGAGUCAGCAGCCCAUGCCAUUGUGUCAGUGAACGGCACCUCAAUAGAGGGCCACAUGGUCAAAUGCUACUGGGGGAAAGAGACCCCGGACAUGAUGAGCCCCAUGCAGCAGAUGCCCAUCCCCCAGCAGAACAAGAUGAGCUUCCCUGCGGCCGCCCAGCCCUACGGCCAGUGGGGCCAGUGGUACGGCAACGGGCCCCAGAUCAGCCAGUACGUGCCCAACGGGUGGCAGGUCCCCGCCUACGGCGUCUACGGCCAGGCCUGGAACCAGCAGGGCUUCAAGCCUGGGGACGGGUGUGACGAAGAUUAAUUUCCCCUUUUGUACGAUUGCCUACUGUGUGUAAGGACUGUGUUCUUUAAGGCUGUUCAGUUUGUUUUUUUGUAUGUCUACAUCCAUGUCAUAGCUUUUUACAUUCUUCUUUUCUUUUUGAUUUCAUUGAUUUAUUUCGACGUAUAUAUCUGAGGAUUUGAUCUGUAAAUGAAUGUCGGUAGGACAUGUUAAAUAUCUUUUGUAGCCUGUUAUCAAAUUUUGUUUUUAUUUUAGACAGCCUAUGUGCAGUGACGUUUUGUGCACCUAAGAAAAAUAAAGGAGAGGCCAUAUGUUGUUGACAGUCUAAAAUUCUUGGUGACCAGCUGUAUGAAUAGGCUCUGUACAAAGGUGUGAUUGUGGAAUGCACAGUAAAUGCAAAAUAACCAGAGGAAGGCGCUACGCCUCUCUUGACUUGAAAUUUGAACAUACGUUAUCCUGUGUAAGCUGUCGUAUCUCCACACUGAACUUAUAACUUAGUUGUAUUCAAUCGUAAAAAAAAGGCUCAGAAUGCAUGUGAAUUAGGGGAGAAUGUCCUUUGUUGGUCAAAUGAUGGUUACAGCUGUUGGGGGUGGGGAGUAGGAAGGAAUGUUUAGCUCGCUACGCUUAGCUCCUAUGCUCUUUGUCUGCUUGUUCACCCAUGUUUAAUCAAAUGACACCCCUCCAAAGAGCCCUCCACUCUCUGUUUUUUGUUUUAAUUUUUCGCUAGCUUGAUUUUGACCCAGCCUGCCUCACCCUCACACCCUCUGAUAACUCUGUUUGCCUUCUUGUUUUCAUUCUUAGUAGCUCUAAUAUAAACCGUCCCUUUGGCUCCCUUUCGCCUUGUCUCUUCUAACCUGCUGGCAUUUUGUCUUUCUGUCUCCCCCCUCUCCCCCUCUCUCUCUCUCUCUUUACCUCGUUUUUUGCAGUCACUUACCGGCCAGUGCUGGGUGGACUGGCAUGAGCGCCAUCAGUAACGGUGGGGUUAUGGAGCCCACACAGGGAUUGAAUGGGAGUAUGCUAGCCAACCAGCCCGGUAUGGGAGCCGCAGGAUACCCCACACACUGAUAGGUGGGCAGGGUGGGAGAUUUGUCAACCGCGGCCUCUUAUUGGCUGCACGGUGCCCUGCGGGGCUGUGUAACACCGCCUCCACCUGGGGCAGGACUAAGACUUUUACUGGGACGUGCAGCCUGAUGGGAAGGCUGGCGUCUGUACGAGAUGUAAAUGGGAUUACAAUGGGUGGGGGGGAGGGGGUAACGGGAGCCAGGGAGGAGCGAUUUUGACCCACACAGGUAUUUACACCCUUUGUGGUAGGGAAGACUGGCCAUGAACCAGGGCUCUUACCAGUUUUAAGUUAACUGUACAUUAGUAUAAAACUGUAAAGGAGAAACUUUUGGAUUUUUUUCGGGUUUUACAAAUUGCUUCCAUUUUCACAUCUUUCCUCUCAGACUGACUCCGAGAGGUUUUUCUUUGGUUCUUAUUUUAAAAGAAACUGUUAAAAAGUCUGAGUCGUGCUAAGUUAUGAACCUUAGUUAUUAUUUGAGAAAUGGAAAUCUGUUUAAUUUUAGUUUCCUCUUGGAUUAAAAUCAAUUGCAGGGAUUGUUGCCACUGCUGUUUCUCUGUAAGGGCAGAUCAAUAUUGCACAGUUUUUUCCUCUCUUGUACUUUGGACAAAUUUGACUACCAAGAGUGUUUUCCUAUUCAUUUUUUUUGCAUUCCAUUUCUCCUUCAUAUCUUUUGGACAGCCUCAAAUCUUUUUUCGCCACAUGUAAAUAACCAUGAAUCCAUUUUAAACGAUGUAAGUAAAAAUGCUACUGUUAACUGUGGGUGCUUGCUUUCUUUUUUUGUUUUGAUAACUUGACAGUUAACUCCAACAUUGUGCGUAGCAGAGUGCACUAUGUGAAGUGACUCUGGCGCCGUGCAACACGCGAUUCUUCCAUGCAGGGAUUAAACAGCAUUGCCAUGCAGUGCAUACUUAAAAUUUAACACGAUUCAAAUGUGAAAGGGCAAACAUGUUUUUCCCUUUGGAUGGUUUUUAAAUAUCUAUUGAGACGCCAGUAUUUUAUAUCAAAAAUCUGAGUGGAUUCAACCUUUACACUUGCUCUUUUUGCCAGAGAAAUGGGGAGGCCUACAUUGUAACUGUUGCCUUAUAGAGCUGGUUUCUUUUAGCUGACAAGAUCCUCUUUUUAAUUAGGCAGUGCCUACAGACAUUUUCAGACCCUUCUGUUGAGAAAGGUGUUAGCCCUGAGAACUGAUGACUCUGCUACUGUAAUCAAUGUUUUCUUGCUUUGUCAAAUUAAAAUGCUAAUGCACAUAAA